AUGCUUCGAAGAGCGCAAUCUUCUCCUGGUGACACUGAAUUGCUAUUCUGGUCUGCUGAUUUUUAUAAACGUGCUCUUGAAGUGGCACCGAAAUCUUAUAAGAUUACAAUUUUGGACAAAUGCAAUGCGCUCUACAAUCAAGCUGCAGCACUUGCUUUUCUUACCUUGGACCCUGCACAUCAUUUAAGACUUGGAGUGGAACUCAACAGAUCAAUG